CCAGGCUGGGGGGGUGGGGAGUGGUGUCCUCGGAGGGGCCGGUGAAUAGGCGCUCGGCUGCGAGAACUAGGAGUCCCGCUGCCGGGUGAGGAGGGGGGCCGGGCCGGACGUCCAGUGGGGGGAAGUUGGGGCCGGAGACCCGGGAUCCCGCGGGGAGGCGGGGACAGCCGCCCUUCCGGGCGGUGGUCGAGCUUCGGCGCCGAGCUGCGGUCGGGAGGGCGGACGGGCGCGAUUUAUGACACAAUCCAGUCUUUAACAAUGCUGAAAUCAAAUGACUCCUUGUUUUCUUUGGAUACUUUGUUUUUUGAAAAACAAGAUGAAGCUGAAAACUAUCCAGACAAUGAAAAAUCAUUGGAUUGGUUUCUCCCACCUGCUCCGUUGAUUUCAGAAAUUCCAGAUACUCAGGCAUUAGAGGAGGAAAUAGGAAGUCAUAAACUGUUAGGUCAGGAAGAGAGGCCAAAAAUGUUACCAUCAAGUUUAAAGAUAACUAACGAAAACACAAAUUAUAUUUCACGAACACAAAAAUUCCAAUUUGCCUUUUCCUCAAAUAAAUAUGAAGCAGGUGAUCUGAAUUUAGGAGGAGCAGGUAACAAUGACUUAUCACAUGUUCCUGGCAAGCUGACAUAUGGUUCUUCUCAGAAAUACAAAAAUCACAUUGGCAGUGAGAUAGCACCUGAGAACAGUAUUCCAGAUAAUACAAAAUUAGUUAAUUUUGCAGAAGAUAAAGGAGAGAGCAUAUCAGCCUUCCGAAAAAGAUUAUUUAAAAUAUCUGACAAUAUACGUGAGGGUGUUAACUCUAAUGACAGUACAAACUUGGACUCUCCUAUUGGCUCAGUGAAAAUUGCCCCAACAGAAAUGAACAAAGGGGAAUCAUGGAAAUGUAGCAGUAGUAAGCAGAAACAUCAAUAUUCAGACAUUAACAUGUUUACAGCAAGCAAUACUUUUUCUGCUUCUGAAAUCAGAGAAGACAUAUUCAAAGCACCAACUUUUUCAGUUGCAUCCCAGCCUCAUGAAGUUCAAGGGGUAACAGAAAAUGAUUUAGAUUCCUUGAAGGCUGUCACAGAAAUCCCGAAAUUUAGAAGUAUUUUCAAGGAAUUCCCAUAUUUCAACUAUAUACAGUCCAAAGCCUUUGAUGAUCUUCUUUACACAGAUAGGAAUUUUGUGAUUUGUGCUCCAACUGGUUCUGGGAAAACUGUAGUGUUUGAACUAGCUAUAACAAGAUUAUUAAUGGAAGUCCCAUUGCCAUGGUCAAACAUUAAAAUUGUUUACAUGGCACCAAUAAAAGCCCUGUGUAGUCAGCGUUUUGAUGAUUGGAAAGAAAAAUUUGGACCAAUAGGAUUGAAUUGUAAAGAACUCACUGGAGAUACAGUAAUGGAUGACCUAUUUGAGAUUCAGCAUGCCCAUAUUAUUAUGACAACUCCAGAAAAAUGGGAUAGCAUGACUAGAAAAUGGAGAGACAACUCUUUGGUCAAGCUGGUUAGACUGUUUCUCAUUGAUGAGGUACAUGUUGUAAAAGAUGAAAAUCGUGGACCAACUCUUGAAGUUGUAGUUAGCAGAAUGAAAACUGUACAGUCUUUAUCUCCUACUUCUGAAAAUAGCAGCACAGUUAUUCCAAUGAGAUUUGUAGCUGUAUCUGCAACAAUUCCAAAUGCUGAGGAUAUUGCAGAAUGGCUUUCAGAUGGUGAAAGACCUGCGGUAUGUCUGAAAAUGGAUGAGAAACACAGGCCAGUGAAACUUCGGAAAGUGGUCCUUGGAUUUCCCUGCAGAAGUAACCAAACCGAAUUUAAGUUUGAUUUAACCCUCAACUACAAAAUUGCCAGUGUUAUACAAACAUACUCUGAUCAGAAACCCACACUUGUGUUUUGUGCAACAAGAAAAGGUGUACAACAGGCUGCUUCUGUUCUUGUGAAAGAUGCUAAAUUUAUUAUGGCUGUGGAACAGAAACAGAGGUUACAGAAGUGUGCAUAUUCCGUAAGAGAUUCAAAACUGAGAGAUAUCUUAAUACAUGGUGUUGCUUAUCAUCAUGCUGGUAUGGAGCUGUUAGAUAGAAAAGUAGUUGAAGGAGCUUUCACUGUUGGAGAUCUACCAGUUCUUUUUACUACCAGUACUUUAGCUAUGGGAGUAAAUUUGCCUGCUCACCUAGUAGUUAUAAAAUCUACGAUGCAUUAUGCUGGAGGAAUGUUUGAAGAGUAUAGUGAAACAGAUAUUCUACAGAUGAUUGGUAGAGCUGGUCGACCUCAAUUUGAUACUACAGCUACUGCAGUUAUUAUGACUCGGUUAAGUACAAAAGAGAAGUAUAUUCAGAUGUUAGCUUGUAGUGACACUGUAGAAAGCAGUUUACACAGACAUCUUAUUGAACAUUUAAAUGCAGAGAUAGUGUUACAUACCAUCACAGAUGUGAAUAUUGCUUUGGAAUGGAUACGAUCAACUUUGCUUUACAUCAGAGCCUUGAAAAAUCCAUCUCAUUAUGGUUUUGCAUCUGGAUUGAACAAAGAUGGAAUUGAAGCAAAAUUACAAGAAUUAUGUUUGAAGAAUCUGAAUGAUUUAUCAUCUCUGGACUUGAUAACGAUGGAUGAAGAUGUUAAUUUCAAACCAACUGAGGCAGGAAGAUUGAUGGCUUGGUAUUACAUUACAUUUGAGACAGUGAAGAAAUUUUGUACCAUCAGUGGAAAAGAGACUUUAUUAGAUCUGGUCACAAUGAUAGCCAGCUGCAAGGAAUUUGCAGAUGUGCAGUUAAGGAUAAAUGAAAAGAAAACACUGAAUACUUUGAACAAAGAUCCAAAUCGGGUAACUAUCAGAUUUCCAAUGGAAGGAAGAAUUAAAACAAGAGAAAUGAAAGUAAAUUGUCUUAUUCAGGCUCAGCUAGGAUGCAUUCCCAUUCAAGACUUUGCUUUGACACAAGAUACCGCGAAGAUUUUCAGAAAUGGCUCACGAAUUACAAGAUGGUUGUCAGAUUUUGUGGCUGUUCAAGAAAAGAAGUUUGCUGUGUUAUUGAACAGUUUGAUAUUAGCUAAAUGUUUUAGAUGCAAACUUUGGGAAAACUCUCUACAUAUAUCCAAACAGCUGGAAAAAAUUGGUAUAACAUUGUCAAAUGCAAUGGUAAAUGCAGGUUUGACCUCCUUUAAAAAAAUAGAAGAAACAGAUGCAAGGGAACUUGAACUGAUUUUAAAUAGACACCCCCCUUUUGGAACACAAAUAAAAGAAACAGUGAUGUAUCUACCAAAAUAUGAACUUGAAGUGGAACAGAUUGCAAGAUAUAGUGAUACCAUGGCGGAAAUAUUAGUGACCAUUAUAUUAAGAAACUUUGAACAGCUACAAACUAAAAGAACAGCACCAGAUUCUCACUAUGUUACCUUAAUCAUAGGUGAUGCAGAUAAUCAGCUGGUUUUUAAGCACAAAAUUAUGGAUUCUAUUUUGCUAAAAGCUGGAAAUUGGACUAAAAAGAUUGAUGUGAAGAGAGCUUUUAAAUCUGAAGAUCUUAGCUUAAAUCUAAUUAGUUCUGAAUAUGUUGGACUUGAUAUUCAGCAGAAAUUUACAGUCUUUUACUUAGGACCCAAGAGGCUUGGAAGUCAAAUAAUUAUGCGAAAAAAAUCAGAAACAGAGAUUUCCCGUUCGAAACAUUCAAAUAGAUCUACGGUAUCAGGACCCAAUAAAGGAAUGAUUGCUUGCAAAAAACCUGGGAACCGAGAAUGUAAUCAUCACUGUAAAAAUAAACAUACAUGUGGACAUGACUGCUGUAAAACUGGAGUUGCACAAAAGUCAGAAAUGAAAGAGCCAACAAUCUCUUCAUAUUUAUCCGAUUUAAGAAACAGGAAUGCUGUUUCAUCACUUCCUCCAGUUAAACGUCUCAAGAUGCAAAUGAAUAAAUCUCGAAGUGUGGACCUUAAAGAAUUUGGUUUUACUCCAAAACCUUCUCUUCCCAGUAUAUCAAGGUCAGAGUGUUUAAACAUACCUGAAUUGUCUAUAAUGGAGCAGAGGGAUCAGCGUGAAAUCAGUGCAAAAGUUCAACAAGAACCAUCAGAAUAUCAAGACAAAGAUUUCUCUAGAUGGAACUAUCCUACAACUUCAGAUGAGAAAGCCCCUCAAACAGUGCUAUUCAACAGACAUCUUAAUGCAUCUGGAAACCAGAAUUUGACAGAUAUGGAUAAAAAUAAUGCUUCAUUCUCAGAAGUUUUGAAUGUGAACUUUGAAUUGGGAGAUGAAAUUUGGGAUGAUUUUGAUGAUGAGAACUUAUUAGAAGUGACCAGUUUUUCAGCCAGUACUGAGAAGACAAAAAGAUCAGGAUUUGGAAACACUUUGUGUUCAAGUACCAGGGGAAGUAAGAUAUUCCUCCAAGAGUCAAAGAGCAAAUUCCAAGGAGAAAUGGCAAAAAGUUUUGUUUCAUCACCUGAGAAGCCAGAUAUUUACUUAUCAAAUUCUCCUGUGUUCAAGUUUGAUGCAUCUUCCUUGAAAAAAUUACCUCAACAAGCUGGAAAUGCAAAUAUUGUACAUUUACAAGAAAGAAAACAACAAAGUCUGUCACCAGAAAUUGAAAAGUUGUGCUUUACUCACUCUGAAAAAAUACCAAAUUCUUCACAUUUUGUUAAGAAAGUGGAUUUCUUUAUUAGAAACAGUGAAUGUAAAGAGGAAAUUGAUUUCAGUAGGUAUCAUCCUGAUGAUGAAGCUGAUGAAAUGAAAUCUUUUCUGGGAAUAUUUGAUGGUAUUUUCUAAAGCAAACCAAAAAAAUUCAUCUCAUAUUAAUAAGGCAAGAAUCCUGCUGGGCACCUUAUCUCCUAUGAAUUUGUCUGUGAGCCCAAUUUCUUCUAGAUGAGAGUGAGGUACUGGGAUGGUGGCUGAGGCUGCUGGAUGAGUAAGGACAGACGAGUAACUGUUGAUGAGUGAGGACCAUUGUAACUGCCUUGGGUUGUAUUUCCCUUCUACGUUGUGCAUCUGUUCUUUUACUUACUUUUAUUAUGAUCGUGCUCAUGCUCUUUGAUUCUAUUUAAACUUCUCUUUAAUUUUACCCCUUUCCUGAUCUUUUCCUUUAGACUCAGACUUUUUCUUUAAUAUUCUUAUGAUCCCUUUCUCUACUCCUUGACCCCCAUCUUCUUUAUUCCAUUAUGCUUUGUAUUAUGUUUAUUUUUGUAUUAUGCUUUUCUUAACUCUUUGACUUCUUUUUGCUCUUACUCCCACUUUUAGAUUUGGCCCCUUUCUUCACCUUGUUUUUAUUAUAUUUAUCAUCUUUUUUCUGAAUUUCUUCUAAUGUCUCUCUCUUUACUGUUAGAUUAAUGGUCUUUAGCUUUCUUUUCCUCUUCACUUUUUCUGUUUGGACUCUUGGACAAAUGCCUAUGAUCAGUUAUAGUUUUCUCUUUUACUCUAGCUGGACUUCUUUGAUUUUCUUUUGUUUCAGUUUCUUUUGUUUAACUCACUCUUUUUUUUUUUAAAGAUUUUAUUUAUUUAUUUGACAGAGAGAGACACAGUGAGAGAGGGAACACAAGCAGGGGUAGGGGCAGAGGGAGAAGCAGGCUUCCCGCCCAGCAGGGAGCCCAGUGCAGGGCUCCAUGUGGGGCUUGAUCCCAGGACCUGAGCCAAAGGCAGAUACUUAACAACUGAGCCACCCAGGUGCCCCUGUUUAACUCACUCUUAAGCUCCUUUGUUCUAUCUUUCACCACUGGAUACCCUCAUUCUUUGGGCUUUCUGAAUCUCUUGCCUCCAAUGUGAAGCAGUCUUACUAUGUCUGAAAUGUCCCUUGAUCUGAACCUGGAGGGAGUUCGAUAGUCCUUGGUCCUAUUCCUUUAAUUUCUUUGCUAGACCUACUAACUUAAAGUCUCCUCUGAUAUGAAGCAGGCUGGAAGUUAGGUAGAUCUCUCUCUCUAUCUCUCUCUCUCUGUUUUUCCUUUCUUUUUCACCAGCUUUAGGAGCACUUUUUCUAAUUAGGAAUCUAUUUUCAGGAAUAGGAGGGAACUCUUCUGGAUGGACAAUACACUGGUGUUAUGCUUUAAGAUUUUCAAGCUCACUUUCACUAAAUGUGCUUUUCUUGCUUUUCUUUCGUGUGUGUGUCUGUGGGGGGGGAGGAUUUUUUCCUAUGUUUCUUUUUUCUUUUUAAAAUUUCUCUUCAGGGGCUCCUUGGUGGCUUAGUUGGUUAAGCAUCAGACUUGGUUUCGGCUCAGGUCAUGAUCUCGGGGUUGUGGGUUGGAGCCCCAUGUAGGGCUCUAUGCUCAGUGCAGAGUUGGCUUAAGAUUCUCUCUAUCCCUCUCCCUCUGCCCCUCCCCCAACCUGCGCUUGCUCAUGCUGUCUCUCAUUAAAAUAAAUAAAAUCUUUAAAAAGAAUCUAAAAAUAAGAUAAAAUAAAAUAAAAUUUCCCUUCAGAAGUACUUUCAGAAUCAGAAUAGGACUGAGAAUCUCUUGAGCUGUAUGAGUCACUGGAUGAGGAGGUGGAGGAGGAUUUAUGCCUUCUCUUCUUUCUUAGCUCUAGUUUGGGAGUUAGCUCUCCACAACUGAGUAUCUAUCUCAGCAAAUGGUUUGCUCACUGCAUCUGUUUUCUGGUUUUCUUUCUCCCACAACUUCCUGAAAAGAAUUCACUUCCCGCAAAACAACAUGAUACCCAUCUAAAUGAGAAGUUGGGUUUUGUGGUUUUGAAGAACUAUGAACCUUUUGUAUCCUUCCCCCUGUCACUAAUAAGAGAGAUUCUCUGUUAUGUUUAACAGAGAAACUCUCAUCUUCAAAAUAUCCUCCAUUAAUAGAUUCCCCUUCUCCUUCAUUUUCUUCACUGAAGUCACCAUCUGAAAAUCUUUGACAAUGUUGCAAAACUGAAAACUCUUAUUAUAUAAUGGCUUCUGAGUUAAUUUCCCUGACCCCUUUUCACCUGUAAAAGACAAAAAAAUUUAUCCCAUGUUUGGGGGAACACAUCAGAAAAAAUUCAAAGACAACUCUUCCAGCAGGUUGAUUAUUAAUGGCAAUGUCAAAAAAAACCCCCCACAAAACAGCGAGUAUGCUGAAUCUUUGUUCCAAUGGCUCCAAUACUUCAGUCUUUAAAUAGAGAACAAUCAAGGAUAAGUUGGUUCAAUCAAGGGCAACUGAUCUAAUCCUUUCACUCCUGCACAGGUAGGUAUACUCUCUUCUUCCUGGGGUACUGUCCUUUAAAGUGCUUCAGAUCUACAGCUGCCCAGAAAAGGUACUGAAGCCUAUGACCACAGUCAUUUUCACUGACUAAUUCACUACAAAAGUUUUAUUUUACUUUAAAAAUUACUUUAAUUUUUUUCUUUCCAUUAUUAUCUGAUGCAUUUUUAUAAGGGAAAUAACUGAGUGGUACAAUAAAAAAUAAUAAAGGAAAUAAUUGAAUGGUACAAUAAAAAAACCCUUAGAUUCUAAUUCAAAAUUUCAACUUACAGAACUGGAAAACAGCCUACCAAAAUACUAAAUUAUUUGCCCAGAGUUUCUCAAUUAAUCCUUGGUAGAACUAGAACUGAACCCAGAUUGGCACCAUUCUUUUCCUAGUUUAGUUCCUAAUAUUAAGGGUUAUAACUCAUGCCCAUUUUUGUAAUCUUUCUUUCAUCAUAAAUGUAAAAUGUACUUCGCUCUCUUCUUCCUUAAAUGUAUUAAGGAAUUCUUUUCUAGCUAUAAACCAAAAUAGUUCAAUUCUUUUUUUUUUUUAAAGAUUUUAUUUAUUUAUUUGAGAGAGAGAGAAUGAGAGAGAGAGAACACAUGAGAGGGGAUAGGGUCAGAGGACAAAGCAGACUCCCUGCCGAGCAGGGAGCCCGAUGCGGGACUCGAUCCCGGGACUCCAGGAUCAUGACCUGAGCCAAAGGCAGUCGCUUAACCAACUGAGCCACCCAGGUGCCCCCAAAUAGUUCAAUUCUAAACACAAUUUUACCCAUAGCUGCUGCUGUACUUAACAGUUUUGAAAUACUGUGCACGUAAGUAUUGUAGUUUAUGGUGUAUGUAGAUUAGAAUGGUCUUGCUAUGCAUCAGUGUUUGAAAUGACCAAAUAUCUUACUGUUCUUUCAUUGAAUAUAGUGAUUGAACAGCUGUUUUAUACUACUUCUUAUGUCAUGAACUAGUCUUAGAAAGAUGAAUAUGAGCAGGUCAUGUUUCAAGGGACCCAUCAGUGGUCCAGGUAACAAUGAUCACAAUGCAACAAAAAUAUAGGACUUUUAAAGUUAUCAAAGGUUUUUUGUUUUUUGUUUGUUUUUUAAGUAGGCUCCACACCCAGCGUGGAGAACAAGGCAAGGCUUGAGCUCAUGACACUGAGAUCAAGACCUGAGCUGAGAUCAAGAGUCGGAUGCCUAACUGACUGAGACACCCUGGCACCCCAAGGUUUUUAAAAAAUUAAUAAUCAUCACCAUCAAAUUAUAUUAUCAGCAAGUUUUUCUAGACUCUAUGUAAGAUUUGUAGUGUCUGGACUUCUUAAGGAGGUAACAUGCAUACAUAGUCAAAUUUAUGAAAAGGAAAGCUACACAUUCUUUUGGGUAGUGGAUUAUUAAAAGAAUGAAGUUAGAGGAUGGAGUAAAUUUGGAGAAGAGCAAAAGGUCACAGAGGUAACAUAUUGGCAGAUUCUGGAAGGAGAAAACAAGGGGAUAAAGGAACUAAAGAAAUGAGUCAUCCACAUCUAGCAGACUGGAGUUAGGAUCAUUUACAUGCAUAUAAGGUAUGUAAUUAAUAUUUACAAUUUGGGCUGAAAGGAAAUUACAAAAUCAAGCACUUAUCAACAGUGUAUAAAAUAAUAAUGUUUCUAACUAAAGAAAAAUAUUUUAGUUGGAAGACUUUUUUAUUCAUUAUGGAAAGUUAAAGUAUUUAAAAUGUAGUUUUAGAUGGAAACGAUAAAACAUACAUCCCUCCCUACUUUGAUGUAUUUUUUAGGUAUUAACCAAUGUUGUUGGUUGUUUUUCUUUUUUUUCCUGUUGCCUCCUUCAUUGAGGCAGCUAGACUAUGAAGUAGACGUUCCUCAAGGAAGGGUUAUCAAAUCCUUGAUUUUUAACAUCUCAGAUCUAAGAUCCAGACUUGAGACAAAAGAAUUGGAAAAAUACCUGAUGGAUCAAAACCUGUUUUUCCUGUCCUCAAGACUGAAGAUUCUCUAGACUUGGGGAAAAGGAGAGAAGUCAGAGGAAAAGAAAAGAGCUCAGAUGCUGGGUACCUGAGAAAAAACCUGGGCUCAGCUUUCUCUUGGAUUUAUUCUGAAGUCGAGUGUGGUAAGGUUUAGGAAAAAAGAGAACACUCCUCUCUGCAUAAUUUUAGAAAUUCGAGAGCAGAAAGAAUGUCACUUUUCCAGUGUACUUUGAGAAGGUGGCAAGACUCCAGAAUUCUCCCCACUCCCCCAUGCCAAUGGCACAGGAGCAAUAGGGUCGAGAUAGUGGUGUGGUAAGUUAGAGCUAAAAAGGGAGACUGAGGUAGCCUCCGUGCCCCCAGGAGAGCAUGCAGAGUAGCAGAAGCAUUUCCCAUGAGUCAGAGGCUACUAUAGGGAUGAGGCAGGGCCGUUUGGUGCCCCAUUCUUUCUCUCAAUCUCCCAAAAGUCACAGAAACUAGUGUCCAACACAAGGAGGAUGCAGCUGUAAACUUCAUGGACUGCCAGUCAGGACCAGGAGGUGUGCUUCACCAGAUAGUAGCAUAGAGAUGAUGACAACUGACAACAGGUAAUAGUCCCCCGGAACAUACAUUCAAUCCCAGUAUAAGGGGAGGGGAAACUGCAUUGACUGAGAUUGUUUUCCCAACAUCUAGUGCAAUGGGGGCUUGAAAUAGAAAUUAAAACAUCUCUUGCAUACUUGAGCUUAUUAACUGAAACUUGGACCCAAAAUAUUAUCAAUAGUGAUAGAUUUGUGAAAGAAGCCUCAUUUCCUAAUAUUAUUAGUAAGAACUAACAUCUUCAGAUUGAUCUAUUAAAAAUCAUACAACAUACUAACAUUAACUGGUGUAGAAACUCAGAUCUGGAUCUCAGUCAUCAGAUAAAUGCUCAAAUGGUAAACAUACCUCCUUUUAAAAAAGAAAUUCCUAUCAUAUCUACUACCAGUACUAGCCAACAUUACUGAAUAUGUACUAUAUGCUGGACCUUGCCCUAUGACUUGUGGCAUAUUCAAUCCCUUCAAUAGUCCGAUGAGGUAAAUACUCCCAUUAUGUACAUAGAUUUUAUACAUGAGGAAGUUAAAUAAAUUGCCAAAGGUUACAAAGCUUGAACUUUAUGUGAUUGGAGAACCCUUUGCAUAAUCAUUAAAUCAUUCUGUCUAGACUGAAAUACUGAAAUACUACAUCUUUAAAGUUACAUCAAAUCAUCAAAAUCCAUGUUUUCCCCUAAUCUUUAGAGUUUUUCUGUUGGAGAAUUUAAGGCAAAUUCAAGAGGGCUCUUAGCCAAGAUACAUCCUCUGGUCUCUGUCUCCAGUUUAACUCUAGUUUCCAGAGAAGCAAGGCUACUAUGACCUUUUCCAUAGAUUAUCUGAUCAAGGCUACUAUGACCUUUUCCAUAGAUUAUCUGAUCAAUCCAUUCCAUAGAUUAUCUGAUCAUUCCAUAGAUUAUCUGAUCAUAGAUUAUCUGACCUUUUCCCUGUGCAGGUCCCCUAUCAACAUGAGUAGACAUCUUUUCUUCCCGUUUGACUCUGAAACUUCAGGUCACUUUUUUUUGUUUUGUUUUGUUUUGUUUUAGUUUUCACACUUAAGCUUUUGUACUUUAAUCUCCUUUUCUGACCUGCCUCCCCUAAAGGCUACUUAUCUUCCCUAGCUCAAUGACUUCAUUCUGAAACCCAAUAUUUUGGAGAGAGAGAGAGAGGAAAAAAAGGAGGCCCUGCUUUUAACAAAAUCCUCUUAAUAAGGGCAACUUGGUUUCGUCUGCCAGCGCUGUGUUAUAAAGCUUCUCUGCUGCUAUCAGUGAAAACUAGCCUAAAUAAGAAAGAGAAGAAACACAGUGAUUUGUGACCUUUUCUGGGAUCACAAUACUUCAGUCAUAUCUGCUUGGAAUAUGACUCUCAUCUUGGUAUUUUUUCCCCAUAAUAUAAGUUAUAUGUGAUUUUUUUCACAUCUCUCAUCUAGGAAUAUAUUGUUUUGAAGAAAAGUUUGAAAGUUAAACACAAACUUCUACUGAGAGUACUUGAUAUCUAUCUUAUAAAAAAUAUGACUGAAUAAAGUUACCCUUGAGGUUCUAUUUUUAUCCUUAAAUUAAAGUUUAAAGAAAGAAAAGGGAUUAGCAGUUAUUAUUAGAUUUUUAUGUUAAAAAUUAUGAACUUUCAAUAUAUAAAUUUCAGGUUUUUCCCAAUAGGCUUUAUUACUUCUUCUGAUUGUCUUUUCAUUUUCCUGUGCUGUCCAUCAACCAACUAUUUCCUAUCCUUUUGGGAUUUUCCUCAAUUUCUGUUUGCAUUACAAUGUCAUAUUUCUUUUAUUUUAAAUGAUUUUAAUUUCAUUUUUAAUAUAUAGUGAGAACACACUGUAAUGAGUUCAUUUCACUACUUUUCAGUUUCAAAAUAACUUUGUCUUUUGAAAUUUUUGCCUCCUAAAAUAAGUGAAGCAUUUCAGAGACUUCAUAGAAAGAAAUAUUCUCUUUUCUCUUUAAAUUUUCUGUAUUUAUAGAAAAGAGUUCCAUGUGUCCAAGCACUUUUAUAAAGUAGAGGUAUUUAGUAAAAUAGAAUCGCCAGUGUAAUAAAUAUUUCUCCACUGGGAUAUUUUUGUGGCAAAAUUAUGUAAAACAAUUUAUGGCUUCAUGCUCUUAUGUUAGAAGAAAGAUUGUUUUCUUUCUUUCAUCACAAUAAAAAGAGCUUUGCUAGAUUUUUUCUGAUUAUGAAAGCUCAUGCUUAUUUAUAGUAGCUAUAUUAUAAAAAUUAUUCAGCAGUUACAUGCAAUAGACUUGUACAUGUAGCAACAUAGAUCUAAAACACAGAGUAUUAGGUGGAAAAUGUAAGAAACAGAAUGUGAUACCAUCUAGGUAAAUUUAAAAUAUCUGUAUAAAAAAAAAUUUUGUAGAACUACAAACAAAAGAUUUACAUCAAAUGCAUUAGCAUAGUGGUCAGUAGGGGGUGGUUUGAGUGAUCUAAGAAGGAAAUGGGGGUAAAAGAAGAAAUUUCAGAUAAUACAGAAGUACAAAGAAUUUAAAAUCACCCUCAAUCCCAUUACUUAGUAAUAAUGACAGUGCGUAUUUUGGAGUAUAGCCAUCCAGAUCUCUCUCUCUCUCUCUCUCUCUCUCUCUCUCUCUCACACACAGGCUUUAAUGUGGGAUUAUAAUCUGCUUUUUAAUCUUAUUUUCAUUUAAGAGUAUAAUAUAAAUUGGUUGAUAUAAAUCAUUUUUAAUGUAUUAUGUGCAUGGAUCUGCACAACUUAUUUAAUGACUACCCUACUGAUGUAUAUUUAGAUUUUUUCCAGUUUUUUUAAUGACUAAUGUUACAAUUAGCAUUCUUAUACAUAUAUCUUUAUCUAUUUGCCUUUCAGUAGAAAUGCACAUUUAAAUUAUUGAAACAAAUUGUCAAAUUGCCUUCCAGAAAUGCCAUUUUUACAUUCUAAUAUGAAACUUUCUGAUUCUCACAAGGUUUUAAAGCUUAAAACACUUGCAAAACAAACCAACAGGAGCACCUGGCUGGUGCAGUCAGUUAAGCCUCAGACACUUGGUUUCAGUUCAAGUCACCAUCUCAGGGACAUGAGAUGGAGCACCGCAGGGGCUCUGCGCUCAGCACGGAGUUGGCUAGGAGUUUCUCUCUCCCUCUAACUCUGCCCCUCCGUGCUCUCUUCCCCUCUCCCUCUCAAAUGAAUAAAUGAAUCUUAAACAUGCAAACAAACAAACAAAAACCAACAACCAGGAACAAAAGAAUCUCCAUAUUCCAGGCCAUUCAAAUGUCCAGAUCUCAUCAAUAGAAUUAAUUUACUCACAGAGUCCUUCCCCUGCAAUGGGAUCAAAGACUACAAACCAUGUUAAUGUCAUUACACAGCUGACGAUAUAGCACUCGCUUGGUCUGACCUAUAUAUCAGGGACUGAGUGAACUAGAGCAAGAGAAAGCAGAAAGGAUGCAACUAGAACUACCCCUCAUCCCAUUUACAUGGGUACUCUUACUGAGUAUAUCAGCUUUUUUGCACUUGUACAGGAAUCAGAAUCUUGAAGCUAAAAAAAUUAAAGCCUUUAAUUACUAAUAGCUGGGAUCUGUGUUCUAAGUAGUUGGGAAUUGUCUAUUUUUCAACCUCAUUUCUAAUGUGCCUUUUAUUAUUUUUGGAAUGUUCUGACCUCGUUGGCAACAGUUGAAUUCGUUUUCAAACUUGGCCUCCAAAUCAGACAGCAAUUCCAGCCUGGUGGGGUGGGUGAGCUGGGCUGUGGAGCCAGGCUGACUGGGGGCCUUGUCCAAACGCAUGUGCAGCAGGGCCUUAGGCUAGUCACUAAACUUCUCUGUCUCUAUUUCCUAAGUAUUACACAGAGAUAAAGAUACUCACUGGGCUGUAUCUCCAGGAUCUAGAGCAAAUAUUUCAACAAAUAUUUGUUAGUUAAAGUAACAAUUAGCAAUUAUGAAUGUGAAAUGUCUAGUACCUAGAAAAUACUCAUUAAGUGAUAGCUAUUGUCAUAUUAACAUAAGCUAUGGGGAGGAUGUUGAAGGAGAGAAGCAGAAAGCAAAAAAUUUCAGAUAGUCCAGAUCACCGGUAAGAGUCCAAGAUUAGAUGCUAGGGCCAGUGUGAGUUUGAAAAUGUGGAAAUUAAUAUUGACAGUUUGGAAGAAGAGAGGGAGUUGUUCUGAAUUAGGCUCAGUGUUCAGGGUUACCAACUGCCUGUCCAAAUGGAAACUACACAUGUGGCUUUUUAACAAUGUGUAAAUGUGAAUAAUCAACUCAUCAAGGUAAAGUCCUUAAGCUUUUUCUACCCAAUAUCAUUCCUAUACCCAAAGCCAUACUGCAGAAAGAACUGAUAAAUGCAUGUUUUCUUAAUGCUACUGUGUGGCAGGAAUUUAAGUUAUAAUCUCUUUUCAAGGCACGUCUUUAUUAAAAGGGAAUUAUUCAAAGCCACCUGAGUGGCAAUUACUACAUAAAGGCUAAUUGACCUAAUUAAUCUAAUGUGGGUCAAUGACUCUAUACUACCCAAAGAACAUUUUCAAAUGAAAGGGGGAAAAAAAAAAGGAACUCCAAAAGGAAUUUCUUUAAGUGAACAUCUUUAAAUAUUGUGAGUCUGUUUUAUUUCUUGCACACAGAUAUAAUAUUGCAGCAUAUUAUAUUGCUGGAGUGGCUGAGCUGGGAUAAAAAGAGAUAGACUAAUUCUCUGAGGAUCCUGGGGAAUAUUCUGUUCAUCACUCAGGGGAAGGCACUAUAUAAAUUACAUUAUAACAAUACUGCCUCUUUCUGAUAACAUAGCACCAAAAGAGGAAUUCAACAUGACAAGAAGUCAAAUUUACUAUCAUACUGUUUUGAUUCUCUUGGUGAUGUGAUAAAGUGCAUGCUGAUACCUGCUUUUUAUUUGAUUAACUUCAGCUUCUUUGAAUGCCAACUUGUUCCAUUUGAAGUACUGACUGCCAAAUAUAAACUGGGACUGAUAAUAUCUGGGCCCUAUGACUGAGGAGAGAAUGUAUAAUAUACACCUGUGGUAGGCAAAAUAAGGCCCCCAAAGAUACUCAUGUUUUAAUCUCCCAUAUUUGUGAAUGUGUCAAAUUACAUGGCAGAAGGGACCUUGAACAUAUGAAGUUAAGGGUCUUGGGAUGGGGAGAAUAUCCUGGAUCAUCCAGGUGGGCCCCAUGUACUCACAAGCUGUUCUGAUAAAUGAAGGAAGUAAGCAAGAGAGUCAGAGAAGGAGAUGGAAGGAUGGAAGCAAAGGCCAGAGAGACAGAAAGAAAGGGAGACAGAUUUGAAGAAGCUACACUGCUAGCUUCAAUGAUGGGAAAAAGGGCCCAAGUCAAGGGAUGCAGGCGGCUUCUGGAAAAGUCAAGGAAAUGGAUUCUCCCCUAGAGCCUCCAGAAGAGAUGUAGCCCUGGAUUUUAAAGUCAAACCACCUUGAUUUUAGCCCAGUGACACUGAUUUUUGGACUUCUGACCUCUAGACGUGUAAGUAAUAAAUUUGUGUU